AAAAAUAACGUGAUCCACCCUCAAUAUGAAAUACGUUUACCAUACGAAUUCAACAUGGCGGCUCCCUGUAACUAAUUUGUGAUGGUAGUGAAACAAUGCUCUUCUGACGUCAAAAUGCCGGUAGUAGACAAAGAUCCUAGGAAAAAUAUAUUCUUCGAAGAGGAGGACCUUCCAUUUGAAGAAGAUAUACUCCGCAAUCCUUACACGGUGAAAUGCUGGCUGCGCUAUAUCGAGCACAAGAAGGAGGCCAGUGUCAGUGCCCUCAAUGUCAUCUAUGAGAGAGCCCUCAAGGAGCUACCUGGAAGCUAUAAGUUAUGGUACCAUUAUCUGAAGCUGCGUCGGCAGCAGGUCAAGGGAAAGUGUAUCACGGAGCCUGCCUUCGAGGAUGUGAACAGUGCGCACGAGAGGUCGCUCGUGUUCAUGCAUAAAAUGCCAAGGAUCUGGCUAGACUACUGCGAGUUCCUCAUGUCGCAGGGUCUGAUCACACGCACACGCCGCACAUUUGACCGAGCUCUUCGGGCCCUGCCCAUCACGCAGCAUCCCCGUAUCUGGCCGCUGUACAUCAAGUUUGUGCGUAUGUACGACCUCAAGGAGACAGCUGUGCGGGUGUAUAGAAGGUACCUCAAGCUGUGUAAAGAGAACGCGGAGGAGUACAUAGAAUACUUGAAGACGAUUGGUUGGUUGGACGAGGCCGCUCAGAAACUUGCUGACAUCAUUAACGAUGAGAGCUUUGUGUCCAAGGAGGGAAAAUCGAAACACCAGCUCUGGAAUGAACUCUGUGACCUGGUUGCUAAGAACCCAGACAAAGUGACGUCACUCAACAUCGAGCCAAUCAUACGGCAGGGAUUGAAGCGCUACACGGACCAGAUAGGUGUGCUCUGGAAUUCACUAGCUGACUACUACAUCAGGGGCGGGCAUUUUGAAAGGGCUCGGGACAUCUACGAGGAGUCGGUGCAGACAGUGAUCACAGUGCGAGACUUCACGCAGGUGUUUGACGCGUAUGCCCAGUUUGAGAAGAACCUGAUCAGCGCCAAGAUGGAGUCUAUGGAGGAAAGCGGGCCUACUGAGGAUGAUGACCUUGAUCUAGAGUUGCGUCUUUCCCGCCUCGAGUCCCUGAUGGACCGCAGGCCCCUUUUGCUGAACAGCGUGUUGCUCCGCCAGAAUCCACACAACGUGCACGAGUGGCACAAGAGAGUGAAACUGUUGGAAGGGAAACCUAGGGAGAUCAUCACCACAUACACAGAGGCAGUGCAGACCGUUGACCCCAAGCUGGCCUCGGGUAAACCUCACACACUCUGGUGCGAAUUUGCAAAGUUCUACGAAGGUGCCGACCAGAUUGAAGACGCCCGGGUGAUAUUCGACAAGGCCAUCAAAGUGGGCUACAAACACGUGGAUGACCUGGCCUCGGUGUACUGUGAAUGGUGUGAGAUGGAAAUCAGACAUGAGAACUACGAAGAUUCACUCAAGAUCAUGCAGAAGGCUACAACACCGCCACCAAGGAGCGUUGCGUAUCAUGAUGAGACGGAGACCGUUCAGUCAAGAGUUCACAAGUCACUCAAGGUGUGGUCCCUGUACGCAGACCUGGAAGAAAGCUUCGGUACUUUCAAGUCCUGUAAAGCAGUUUACGAUCGCAUCAUCGACCUACGUAUUGCCACCCCGCAGAUCAUCAUGAACUAUGGACUGUUUCUGGACGAGAAUAACUACUUUGAGGAGGCCUUUAAAGCCUAUGAGAAGGGUAUAGCCCUGUUCCGGUGGCCCAACGUGUAUGAUCUGUGGAACACCUACCUGUCCAAAUUCAUCGACAGAUACGGAGGAAAGAAGCUUGAGCGAGCUAGGGAUCUGUUUGAACAAUGUCUUGAGAACUGCCCACCAAAGUUUGCUAAAGCCAUCUAUCUGCUGUAUGCCAAGCUCGAAGAGGAUUUUGGGUUGGCACGGCACGCUAUGGCAGUGUAUGAUAGAGCUACACAAGCUGUGUUACCGGAGGAGCAGUAUGAGAUGUUUAAUGUGUACAUAAAGAGAGCCGCAGAGUUGUACGGAGUGACAUACACGAGGCCGAUCUACGAGAAGGCCAUCGAGGUUCUAACCAAUGACCAAGCACGGGAGAUGUGUCUGCGUUUUGCCGACCUGGAGAGGAAGCUGGGCGAGAUUGACCGUGCCAGAGCCGUGUAUGCCCACUGUUCACAGAUCUGUGACCCCAGGUCUACAGCAAACUUUUGGCAGACGUGGAAAGACUUUGAGAUCAAACACGGCAAUGAAGACACCGUUCGUGAGAUGUUACGCAUCAAGAGAAGUGUGCAGGCUAUGUACAACACACAGGUCAAUUUCAUGUCUGCCCAGAUGUUGGCAGUGGCUUCAUCCAAGGAAAACCAAGGAGAUGCUCCAGACGUGUCAGAUGAGAUGAGAAAACUGGAAGAGAAGGCUCGACAACUGGCUGAGGAGGCCAUGAAAGACCAGUCAAAACCAGACAAGGGCAUCUUAUUUGUCAGGAGCAACACAACAGACGAGGAGCUGGGUGAGAUGACCAAAACAACCAACCCAGACGAGAUCAACAUCGACGAAGACUUCUCCACCGAUGAGGACGAGGAGGUUGAAGAGGUCCAGCGGCAGUCUGUUCCCAUGGAGGUGUUUGGAGGCCUAGCAACAGAAGAAGACUAGUGCAGCUGACACCUUACAUGAGUGGGCGUGCACUACCCAAGUCCAACACAUAUGCUGGUCACGGCACCAUUUCCUGAUCACGGCACCAAUUGUCAUUUUUUACGUAUAACUUAUAUGCAUGUGGACACCACAAAUAGUGUUGUAAAACUUUAAAUCAACAGGUUCUCUUGAUAGUGAACAUAUAGAUGGCCUAAACAGAUUGUCAUCUCUUUAUCUAGAAGUAUUUUUAUGUCCCCCAUCACUAUAGUGGGGGACAUAUUGUUUUUGCCCUGUCUGUUGGUCUGUACGUCUGUUGGUUUGGUCAAACUUUAACCUUUGCCAUAACUUUUGCAAUAUUGAAGAUAGCAACUUCAUAUUUGGCAUGCACGUGUAUCUCAUGGAGCUGCACAUUUUGAGUGGUGGAAGGUCAAGGUCAUCCUUCAAGGUCAAAGGUCCACAAAAAAAGUCAAAGCGGCGCAGAAGGGGACAUAGUGUUUCUGACAAACACAUUUCUUGUUUGGAUUUCAGAUUGUGUGACAAUAGAUCUAUCAAUCAGUAAAUGUAUAGUGAAUGUAAGGUAAUAAAGAUGAUAUUGG